GGCGCGGGGAUGGAUGUGAAGAGCACCCCGAGUUACCUGUACUGGCUCUUCUGCCAGUUUGAGCUGAUCACCUGCAGUUACCUGAUGGAGCCCUGGGAGAAGGUGCUCUUCUACUCCUUCAACCUGGCCAUGCUGGGGCUGCUGCUCUACACCACCUAUGUCUGCGUGGCUUUCCACGCCAGCUCGGCCUUCCAGCUCCUCUGCAGCUUCCUGGGAAACCCACGGGAAAAUGCUCUUGCUGUGGUGAAGUAAAACCUCAACCUGACUUGGGGAUCAAAAUGUGUUUCCUUAUCCCAUUUUUGUCCAGGAGCAGCAAAGUCUGCUUUAUUCUCUCUUCGUUUUUUGCUCCAAUCAAUCUCUGUUUUUUACUAUUUGCUUCUUCAAGAGCUUUGAAUUUUAAUGACCUGCUGGAAUUACAGAGCUGGGAUUGGGACAGGAACAACCCCCCUGAAGAUUUUGUCAUUCCAGGGGAAAGGAACAACCCCCUUGCAAAUUUUCUGUUUGGAAAGCUGCUUGGAUAGGGGAAGUUUUCAUCUGGAGAAAUGCUAUGGCAUGAAUUGUUCUUGUCUGCCAGAAGAGAUGUGCACACAAAAAUCCUGGACGAGUGGGAGCUGCCUCCCUGAGCUUGCUGUGUUUUUAUGGAAUGAUUUCAGGAUUUAUUCAGUCUCCUUGAUUGUUUUAUCCAAUGAAUUACUUGACUGGCUCGUUAUCAUGAUGCAAACCGUGCCGCUGAUUCAUGAGAAAUGUGAGGAUGUGCUGCUGUGAAAAUUUAUGAUGAAAUUCUCAGAUUCUUGGGCUUUAUAAAAACAGGUAAUUUUUUGUUUACUUUAGAAGAUGAGUAAAUCAUGUGCAUCA